CCUGUCUUAUAAACAGUCUGUGCUAUGAGGAAGGUGAACACAACCCAUCCAACGCCAGUGAAGUCUGUCGGGUGUCCGACUCCACCACACAGUGGACUGCAUUGUCACCUGUCUCGGGUAGGCACAGGAAUUGGGGGAGGAGCAUGGUUGUCGCUGGUCAAAGAUGAUUGGCUGUUGAUCCAUAUGUCUCUACCAUUACAAAUAAUUUAUCUGUGAUUCUUAUACCUGUUUACUGUUAACUGUAAUAACGUGGUUGAGCGAAUGAACGUUGAUUCAGUCUUUUUAAUUUAUCAUAGCCUCGUUCUCAACUUUGAACCGUCCCUGUACCUUUUCCGAGACAAAGGAAAUGUUCUCAGAGGUGGGUAGUGUCCAAUGCCGAUGCCGAUGACAAUGUACCCUUAUUCCCUAUGUUUUGCUUCCGCAGCUGACUUUCCGGUCAUAACGGCUGUCAGCCUCAGCAGGUCGCCUAGCAACCACACGCUGCUGGUCUGCGACAUCAACUCGCAGGUCACGGCGCCAACAGCCAGGUACCGACUAAGUUGGGGCGUUGACGGGCUGUGGAGGGAGGAACAGGAGGUGGAUUCAGGUCACCUGACAGCCAGUGUCACUGUGUCAGAUCUACCUAAUGGUGUCCAGGUGGCGUGCCGUGCGCGGUCUUACUUCACUGAUCAUAACAUCUUUAGUCCUUUCAUUAUCAGCAAUGUUAUCUCCCUUCAGCAUCUUUUCAGACUGCUGAUGUUGGCUAAAUCUGCUAAUGAAGUGUCUCGUGCAAGAACUUGAGACCAUCAUGAAAGACAGUUUUUAGGUCGUUCACAGGGACUGAUAAAGUGUCAGACUGUUUACCAUGAACUCAUUAAGUAAAAUAAUUUAUACAGUUCGUGUCCAAAGAAUUUAGUGAUAGUUGUUAAGAGAAUCAUGUACUUUUAUAAUAAAGUCGAAAAGCAUGUUCUGAAACUUCGCAUUCUCUUUGUUCUCUUGUGUCUGGGUGCGUGCUUAGAUGCGACUCGUGUCUUCAGGUAUUGUCUUCCACCUGUACUUUGAUUGAAUGUGUGUUUUCCGCUGUCCCUGCCAUUGGAUGUUUGGAUGUAGUUCUUUUCUACCUUCGAUGGUUUGUUGAUUGAUAUGUAUGUGCUUGUGUGAGUGAGUCGGGGAGAGAUCACAGUUAAUGCCGGGGAAGUGUGUCGGGUAUCUUACUCCCCUAAGCAGGGGAUGGUACUGUCACCUGUCUAGGGUAAACAGAGUGAAAUAGAGACAAAUAACAAAGUGGGAUGUAAAGAUGUAUUUUUCCAGUUUGCUUGGUACAAGUGAACACUUUGUGUGUGUGUGUGUGUGU